CAAAGAUGGCUGCCAUAGCAUCCGAUUAUGGGUUCGGUUUUUCGCUCUGAACGCUAGAGGAAUAUACCCGGGUUUUGAACGUCACGUUAUAUCAGUGUGACUAGUUGACUUCUAAAAAAUGGACGUUUUGCGCCCCACUCUUAUUAACAUCGGAGGACGAAUAUACAGGAAGAACAUGGUCCGUGAGACCGAUUACCGAAAUGAAGAGGAGGAGGAGGAUGAUUUCUAUCGAGAGCCAAUGCAGUGUUUAGAUGAGCCUUGCGAUGACAUCACCGUGGAAGAGACCGAGAAAGGAUUCCAGUGUAGAUUAGAGCUUCCCAGUCCACUAUUCAAGUACAUCAUAGGGAAAAAAGGGGAGACCAAAAGGAACCUGGAAUCAGACACACGUACCGCUAUCAGCAUUCCUCGGCCUGGGAUGGAAGGAGAAAUUGUAAUUACUGGGCAGCACCGCAAUGGUGUCAUUUCAGCACGGACUCGAAUCGAGCUGCUCGCAGAGACUUUUCGCAAGAAGCAGCCAUUUACCCACUUCCUGUCCUUUGCUCUCAACAUGCCGGAUAUCCAAGAGAGAUUUUCACAGUUUAAAGAGGAGGUCCUGUCAAAAUGUUCCAAGGAUCGUGGGAUAGAAAGCACCAUAUUUCAGAACCCAGCCAAACUUCAUCUGACCAUUGGAACCCUAGUUCUGCUAAAUGAGAAAGAAGUCCAACAGGCAUGUGACCUCCUUCACAGCUGCAAAGAGGAAUUCCUGGACAAAAUUGCUGCUGGGAAGCCCAUGCAGGGUAAAGUCGUGGGGAUCGAGUACAUGAACGAUGAUCCAGCAAUGGUAGACAUCUUGUAUGCAAAAGUGCAAAUGAUGGACGGGUCAGAAAGAUUACAGCUCGUAGCCGACCGCCUUAUGCAGAGAUUUGUAAGAUCUGGGUUAAUGUUGAAAGAAUGGGACAGAAUAAAACUGCAUGCCACUGUAAUGAACACUUUGUUCCGGAAAGACCCUUUAGCUGAAGAGAGAAAUAGCAUACCCUCUGGAAAACCCAGCCAAAGAGAGAGGGAGUCAUUUGAUGCCAGAAACGUAUUGAAGCAUUUUGACAGCUUCUACUUUGGAGAACUCAACUUGAAUACAAUUCAUCUUUCCCAACGAUUCUCUGUGGAUUCCUCUGGUUACUACGCCUCAGCUGGCCAGGUCACCAUCUCCUAAGGACACAGCAUCUCAGUAGCUCUGAAAGUUACCCUCCUUUUUUUUAAUGAAAUUGUCAAAGCAUGGAAAUACAAGAUACUAAAAACAACAA